AGUAAAUAUCAAAGAUAUAUAAGUCAAGUUAUUAUUAAAUAAAUAUAGUGUAAAAUCCAAAUCCAUUCUUAUGGGAAUGAGUUGGUGUAGACAUAGUCUGACUGCCUAGCUGGAGGAGUUCCGUGGGGAGAUCCAAAGGAGGGACCAGGAGAUACUGGCAAUGAGCGCAAAGAUGAAGACUUUGGAGGAACAACAUCAGGACUACCAAAGGCAUAUUGCUGUUCUCAAGGAGUCACUAUGUGCCAAGGAAGAACAUUAUAACAUGCUUCAGGCUGAUGUGGAAGAGUUACGACAGCGUUUAGAAGAAAAAAAUCGUCAUAUUGAGAAAAAAACACAAAUUGCACUUCAAGCUCAACAAGAAAAAGCAAGAUUUGCCAAUGAACUAAAUGAAAUGAGGGACCAUAUGGACAUCAAAGAUCGAAAAAUAAAUGUUCUUCAAAGAAAGAUAGAAAAUUUAGAAGACCUCCUUAAAGAAAAAGAUAACCAAGUAGAUAUGGCGAGGGCAAGAUUAUCUGCGCUUCAGGCUCACCAUUGUACAAGUGAAGGUGCAUUAUCCAGUUUAGAAGAAGCUAUUGGUGAUAAAGAGAGACAAAUGAAUCAGUUGCGAGAACAAAGAGAUAGAGCUGAACAAGAAAGACAAGAAGAACGAGAACUUCAUGAAAGAGAUAUUGCUGAAUAUAAAUUGAAACUACAUGCAUUAGAAAGUGAAGUGGAAAAACUUGGAGCGAGAAUGGAUAGAGCCCAGUUAGAAAAAGACAGAUUGGAGGCCAAACUUGAAAGUUCUCAACUAGAACUUGGAAAAUCAAAAGCAGAGUUGGAUAAAGCAGCAAGUGAAGUUGGUAGAAGUGGUGCAGAUUGGGAAGCAGCAAAACAGCGUUUAACAAGACUUGAGUUAGAAAAUGAAAGGUUAAGACAUGAACUAGAAAGAUCUCAAACAACUUUUGGAAGAAGUACAUUAAGCACUUCACAAGAACUGGAUCGUGUUCAGGAAAAAGCUGAUAAGGCAGCAGCUGAACUAAGAAGAGCUCAAGCUGAAUUGCGGGUUACACAAGCUGAUAAUGAGAGAGCAAGAGCUGAGGCAACUGCUCUUCAAGAAAAAGUAGAAAAACUUCAAGGUGAAGUAUAUAGAUUAAAAGCCAAAUUAGAAAAUGCACAAGGAGAGCAAGAAAGUGUCAGAGAAGAAUAUGAAAGAGCACAAGCAACAAUUACAAGAAUGCACGCAGAAAGGGAUAAAGCAGUAUUGGAUCUUGAAAAGUCACGAGAAGAAUUGGAAAGAACUCAAGCAACUUUAGGUAAAGCACAGUUACAGCAAGAGAAAUUGCAAAAUUCUUUGGAUAAAGCACAAAGUGAGGUUGACAAACUACAAGAAAGGCUAGACAAAGCUACAGGAGAAAUUAGAAGGAUGCAAAUGGAAAAGGAAAAACAAAAUUAUGAUUUCGACAAUGUUCAGUCACAAUUGGAUAAAGCUUUGGGCCAGUCUACAAGACUACAAAAAGAAAAGGAAACAGUCCAGCUUGAAGCAGAUAGGUUACGAGACAAAUAUGAAAAAGCACAGAUGAUUCUGGCUCGCCUGCAGAAGGAAAAAGAAACAUUCCAAGAAGAUUGUGAAAAAUUACAAGAAAGAGCAGAGCUUCAACAAAAUCAGCUUUCUAAAGCCCAAAGGGAACGAGAGAAUAUGUUGACAGAACUGGAAGUAGUGAAGGAAAGGUGGGAAAAAGUGCAGCAAUCACAACAGAAAAUACAACUUGAAAAGGAUGAUUUGUUAACAGAAAUAGAAAUUCUGAAGGAGAAGCUUGAAAAAAAUCAAAUAAUCUUGCAAAAAUCUCUAGAAGAUAAGGAAACAGCUAACAAAGAAUUUGAAAGAAUGCUUGAAAAAUAUGACAGGUCACAAGGUGAGGUAUAUAGACUACAAAAUAAACUUGAUACAUCAGAAACAGAAAAAGAUCGUUUAGAGCUUGAAGUAGAAAAAAUUCAAAUUAUAGCUACUAAAUCUAGAGAGGAGCUGAGAAAAGUACAAGAUGAAUUACAGCGGAUACAGGAACUCUAUGAUCGUGCAAUGCUACAACUUAGUAGAACGAAAGAAAAUGAAGACAAGUUUAAAGAAGAAAUGGACCGUAUGUCAGUAGACCUUGAAAUGAUGAGAGAAAGAUAUGACAAAACACAAAUUGAAAUGAGAAGAAUACAGUCAGAAAGAGAUAAAUUGCAAGGUGAUACUGAUCGCACAUUAUUUGAAUUGGAGAGAACACAUUCUCAAUUAACAAAAACUCAAAGUAGUUAUGAAAAAAGUCAAGAAGAAGUAACUCGACUUACAUUAGAACUAGAGAAAAUGUACGAUAAACAAGAUAAAGUUCAAACUGAAUUACGUAAAGCUCAACUUGAAGCGGAAAGGCAUCAUAGUGAAGCAGCAGCUCUAAAGGAAGAAGUUGAAAGGUAUGCAACUAGAGCUGGAAAAUAUCAAGAUACUCAAGAAAGAAGUAAAGAAGAACUUGAAAGACUCAGAGAUACAACAGAACAUUUAAGAGGAAAGUACCAAUUUGAACAAGAAAAAACUGAAAAAUUAGCUCAAGCCAAUGAAAGGUUAGAAAGUCGUAUUCAUGAAUUGCAAUUAGAACUUGAUUUAAGUAGGACUGAAGUAAUGAAAAUGACUGAAAUGCAAAGUAAGCAUCAAUCAGAAAUUGAAAGACUCCAUAUAGAAUGUGAGAAGGUCCGGGAUCGACAAGAAAAACUUCAAAUUGAUAAUGAUCGGCUUAGAUCUGAAUUAGCAACCAGAGGUUCUAGUGAUAUAGAAGCUAGUAUGCUGAGAGAUCGAUUGGAGAAGAUGCAGAUAGCUCGUGACAAAUCAGAAGCAGAAACCAAUAAACUUCUCAGGGAACUUGAAAGAGCACAGAGUGAAAUUGAACGACUAAGAGCUGAGGCAGGUGGACGCUCUUUUGCAGGCGAAGCUGAGCUAGAGAGAACUAGAGAAAGACUUGAAAAAAUGGCUCAAUCAAAGGAAAAUGCUGAAAUGGAAAUUAAACGUUUGACUAGAGAAUUGGAAAAAUCUCAAAUGCAUUUAGCAAAGUACCAAGAAAACAACGAAGCUACUCAAAUUGAAUUUGAGCGUAUGUCUGCAGAAUGUUCCAGGAUGCAUGAAAAACUGGAACUAGCUAAAGCUGAAAUGCUUAAGAUGGCAGAUGAAAAAGUUCAUUUAGAAACUGAACUUCAACAGACUAAACGAGCUCUUGAAAAACAGCAUUCAACGUUGCAGGAUUCUGACUAUAGGAUAAAAGAAGAAUUUUCAAAAUUCCAGCAAGAACGAGAUCUUAUAGUAAGAGAAAAAGAAAAAAUGUCUGUGGCUUUAGAAAAGAGAGAAAAACAUUCUGAUAUGCUUGAAAAACAGAUGGAAAAAUUAGAGAUAGAAGUAAAAAAACUGUCUACGGAACGUGAUCAGCUAGUUAUUCAGCUGGAAAAGUCACAAGAUAUGCUUUUGACAUUCCAAAAAGAGCUUCAACAGUCAGAAACAAGAUUAGAAAAAGAGCGAGAUGAGAACGCAAGACUGAAAUCUGAGCAAAGGAGGCAAGUUGCAAAAGAUACAGGUUCUCGGGAGAAUAUUGAUAGAGAUUUAAACAGAAUGCAGCAAAUGCUUCAGACAAAAGAUCAAGAUAUAUCAAAUAUCCAGCAGUCAUUAAAUGCCAAAGAAAAAGAAAUUAUUAAGCUUCAUCAACAGCUUCAGCAACAAUCACAGCAAUACAUGAAGGAGAAAUCAGCAUAUGAAGCUGAAUUCAACCAGUGGCAGAAGCUAAUUGAAACCGAAAAAAAAAGGGCAGAUGAUCUUCAUAAACAAUUACAAUCCAUGCAAAUGCAUCAAAAUUCAGCCAAAGAUGAUUCCACCAGGAAACUAGAAAUGUUAGAGAAACAGCUACAGUCUACUCAAACUGAAUAUAAGGAAAACCGAGAAAAUUUGCAAAAAAGGAUACAAGCUUUAGAAAAAGAACUUCAGUCUGGAGGAUCAGCUGCAAAAGAUGUUCAAAGGUUACUAUCUGAACUUGAUCGUUGCCAAGGAGAAUUAAAAAGUGGUACUAUAGAACGUGAAAGACUUCAGGCCCAACUUGAAAUGUUAGUUCAAGAACUCGAAAAGAACCAGCUAGAGCUGCAUGAAGCAAAUAAAAAAUUAUCAGUUGGUGGUAACAGGAUGGGUGAUGAAAGUGCCAUGAAGAAACAACUUGAUGAUUUCAGAAAACAGUUAGAAGAACAAAGUCAAAAACUUGAUGGCCAAAAACGAAAGUUAGAAGAGCAUCGUAAAAAUAUUGAAACUAGAGCUAAAGAACUGGAUGAUAAAGAGAAAAUGUUAAUAGAUUUUGAAAUGAAGCUGAAAAAAAGAAAAGAGCAAACAGAAUCACACACCCAAAAGAAUGGUGCUCUUGAUGAAAAAGAAAUUAUAGCCCUGAGACAAGAAAUUGAAAUGCACAAGGAAAGUGCAAAACAUUCCCAGGAAGAAGCUGAAAGAUUGCUACAACUAAUGCAAAUGACACAAGAAGAACAUAAUUCUAAAGAUAAAAAAAUCAGAGAAUUACAGGAGGCAUUAAAAAAUGCACAAGUUAAACUUAAAAGUUUACAAACUGCCAAUGCACAAAGGGAACAAGCACGAAAAGCGGAAGAGGCUGGACCAGCUGGCUUCUUAAAAAACUUAUUUUAAUAUAAUUAUUUAUUUAGUUAAAUUAUAGUCUAUUUUAUUUUUAUUAUGUAAAUAACAAAUUGGCACUGCGCUCU